CGGGACCUCGCCGGCAGACGGGCUCUCGGGUGGCCCUGGCCAGACACGAAGAGUUGCAUGUGUCGCUUCAGCCGGCGGUAGUGGCGGGAGUGGAGGCGUCGGCGGCUGUGCGACCGCCUGGGUUUGUGAGAUGGCUGCUGACAUUUCUGAAUCCGGGGGGCAUGAUUGCAGAGGAGACCCCAGAAGCAAUACCAAGCUAGAUGCAGAUUACCCACUCCGAGUCCUUUACUGUGGAGUCUGUUCAUUACCAACAGAGUACUGUGAAUAUAUGCCUGAUGUUGCUAAAUGUAGACAGUGGUUAGAGAAGAAUUUUCCAAAUGAGUUUGCAAAACUUACAGUAGAAAAUUCACCCAAACAAGAAUCUGGGAUUAGUGAGGGUCAAGGAACAGCAGGGGAAGAAGAAGAGAAGAAAAAACAAAAGAGAGGUGGAAGGGGUCAAAUAAAACAAAAAAAGAAGACUGUACCACAAAAGGUUACGAUAGCCAAAAUUCCCAGAGCAAAGAAGAAAUAUGUGACAAGAGUGUGUGGCCUUGCAACUUUCGAAAUUGAUCUUAAAGAAGCACAAAGAUUUUUUGCUCAAAAAUUCUCCUGUGGUGCCUCAGUGACAGGGGAGGAUGAGAUCAUCAUUCAGGGAGACUUUACAGACGACAUCAUUGAUGUCAUUCAGGAAAAAUGGCCAGAGGUAGAUGAUGAUAGCAUCGAAGAUCUUGGAGAAGUGAAGAAGUGAUUUUAAAAGUUUGUCUGUAUUUAAUGGUCUGAACUGAGAGUUGAUACGGCCAAAGGGAGAGAGGCCUUUUGAAAAAAUACAUAUUUAUCCUACAGUAAAACUGUAGACUACCCUCGCCCUCGGCAUUUUCACUGUUCUGUACAAGGCUGCUUGUUUGUUUUUUUUUUAUUGCCAAAGUCUAAUAAACAGGGGAGACUGUCAUGCUUAUGCAUGAAAUAGAAUUUAGUCAAAUAAAAAUUUUUGGUCACUUGGUACUGACUUUUCUCUUUCUCUCUUUUAAACAUCUUAUUUUUGGAAAAACACUGUAGACUUUUUGUGGAAAGUUUGUUGAUUAUUUUUCAAAUGGUCGUGAUUUAAUCAAAUCAUGAUUUUUAAAGCUGAGUCAUGUUUUAAAGAAUUUUAAUUUGGCUUCAUCCCCAGUCAUAACUCUCUCCUUGCUUCUUUGGUGUGAUAGUUUUGAGAUGCUUGAGCACCUAAUAGAUUUGUGAUUGAAUUGGCUUCAUUGUUACCAACCAAGUCUGCUUUGUGGGGCCAUUAACAUAUUGUUGGUAGGAGUUGUUCAGGCUAUUCUGGAUAUUAUUUGGUAAAGUAUAUUAAAAGCCUUAAAACCAUCUGCACUGUUUGACCCAGUAAGCCACUUCUUUGACAUUAUCCUAAAGAUACAAGUCUUGUGUUCAUCACGAUGUUACUCAUAAUAUCAAAAAAUCGCAAGUAAUAUAAAUGAACAAUUGAGAGAUGAUUAAAGAAAUGAUGGUGCAUCAUAUGGUAGAAUAUUACACAUAUAUUUUAAAAUAUUUUCCAAGAAUGCUUGGAAACGUUUAAUAAUGUUAAGUAGGGGGCAGACCCCAAAUCUGUUUUAUACAUUAUCAUCGUUUUGAGUGGAAGGCCCUUCACAGAGGCUGAGAGUUCUUGUUCUGGCUAUAUGAGUGUACAAUUCAGUUGCAGAUAUUAUAAACCCAUGUUCAAUAUAUUGUCUGGGAAAUAGCAAUUGAAAUAUGUUUUUCUCACAAGAGAAACACAAUUUUAAUGAAUGCACUAAAUGAAUUUAAACUUUGUUUUUAUAAAGGUCUUAAGUCAGGUGCUACAAAUUGAAAAGAAGACUCAUGGUAUUUUAAUUGCUAUAGACACCUUUAAGAAAUUUAGAACCUAUUGUUUAUUGCCAUGCAAAUUACAAUCUUGAAUGAAUGUUUUUUAAAAUAAUUAAAAUCUUAGAAUGUGUAGUAAAGAUGUAAAUUAAAAAGAAAUUCUGCAUUAACUGUGAAUUUUACUAAAUAUGAUGAUUAUCUGGUGAAGCAAAUUUAUCCAUCAAGACCAGUUGGUAUGUGUUAUAUAUGCUGUUGGUGCUGGAAGAUGUCUCUGUGUCUGUAUCAACACAUGUGACUUCAUGUAAAGAUUCUUAAUGUUCACAGUUCUUGGCAAAUGCAGUUUCAAUCCAUAUAUAGCCAGCAGUGGAUGUUACUGCAGGAAAAUGCAGGAUUAAAAUUGUCCUUGUGUA